CUUAUAACAGCAGUAAUUGACUGGAACAAUUAAAUUUUGAAGUUUUACUUCAGGUUUCUUUUUAUAAGUGAAUGGGCAUUUAAAAUAAGAAUUAAUUAGUAUUUUCAGGCGGAUCCAAGCAGUGAGUGCGAAAAUGACGCUCACAAAUAAGUUGGAAAUAGAUGAGAAAAUUCUAAAAGGAGAGGGUUUUAAACCGUAUUACAUUACUAAAAUUGAAGAGCUACAAUUAAUAGUAGCUGAGAAAAGUCAAAAUUUAAGGAGGUUACAAGCACAACGUAAUGAGCUUAAUGCAAAGGUACGUAUGUUACGAGAGGAAUUACAGCUUCUUCAAGAACAAGGAUCAUAUGUUGGAGAAGUUGUUAAACCAAUGGAUAAAAAGAAAGUGUUGGUUAAAGUUCACCCUGAAGGAAAAUUUGUAGUAGAUAUAGAUAAAAACAUUGACAUUAAUGAUGUGACACCAAACUCAAGAGUUGCAUUACGCAAUGAAAGCUAUACUCUACAUAAAAUCUUACCAAACAAAGUUGAUCCACUGGUGUCUCUCAUGAUGGUGGAAAAAGUACCAGAUUCUACUUAUGAAAUGGUUGGUGGCUUAGACAAACAAAUUAAGGAAAUUAAAGAAGUUAUAGAAUUACCUGUUAAACAUCCUGAAUUGUUCGAUGCACUUGGAAUAGCACAACCUAAAGGAGUACUUUUGUAUGGACCGCCAGGUACUGGCAAGACUUUAUUAGCUAGAGCAGUAGCUCAUCAUACUGAAUGUACGUUUAUUCGUGUGUCUGGUUCUGAAUUGGUCCAGAAAUUCAUUGGUGAAGGUUCACGAAUGGUUCGUGAACUUUUUGUAAUGGCUAGAGAACAUGCACCAUCAAUAAUAUUCAUGGAUGAAAUAGAUUCAAUUGGAAGUUCCCGUAUUGAGUCUGGAUCUGGUGGAGAUAGUGAAGUCCAAAGAACUAUGCUUGAAUUACUCAAUCAGUUGGAUGGUUUUGAAGCAACAAAAAAUAUUAAAGUCAUCAUGGCGACAAACAGAAUUGAUAUAUUAGAUCCUGCUUUACUUAGACCAGGACGUAUUGAUCGUAAAAUUGAAUUUCCACCGCCAAAUGAGGAAGCACGUCUUGAUAUUUUGAAAAUUCACUCGAGAAAAAUGAAUUUAACUCGCGGUAUAAAUUUAAGGAAAAUCGCAGAACUCAUGCCAGGUGCAUCUGGUGCGGAAGUUAAGGGUGUGUGUACAGAAGCUGGUAUGUAUGCUCUCAGAGAACGUCGUGUUCAUGUUACUCAAGAAGAUUUUGAAAUGGCUGUAGCAAAAGUUAUGCAAAAAGAUUCUGAGAAGAAUAUGUCGAUCAAGAAGUUAUGGAAGUAAUCGGUUAGACUCAAUGCUUCAUUAUUUCAAUAUUUACAUUUUUUGUAAAACCACUUGUGAGCUACACAUACCAUUAAACGAAACAUAUAAAAUACAAAAUAAAGUUUAUAGUUGU